UGUGUUAACGGAUGCUGCAGAUCAAAGCCCUGUCUUAACGGCGGAACUUGUGAGGAAAAAUGCUCUGACGUCAGAGAACCUUAUACUUGCACAUGCUCAAAAUAUUACAAGGGAAAACGAUGCGAGCAGUUUUAUCCAGAAGUCAAGUCGUGCCAAGGUGUCAAGAUAUUUAGGUCGGGAUCGCAUUCCGGUGUUUACGAACUUGUUAUAAGUGAUAAUAAAACCGUGCAGAGUUAUUGUGACUUUACCUCUGAGGCUGGUAAAGCUUGGACGCUCAUAGAAUCCUUUUCGCUUUCAAACAAAGACAUAUAUAAGAACAAACCAUUUUAUCACGAUUUUUCUCCAAACGAGAACAACUUCACAUGGGACGACUUUAGGGUUUCAUACCAAGCCUUGGUUAAUAUCCGGAAUAACUCAACGCACUGGCGCGUGACCUGUACCUUCCCAUCAGGCCUCAGUUAUGCCGACUACGCACGCUCUUCGCUCAAUGAAACAGAUCUCCUAACGUUUGUCAAUAAGGACAAAUGUAAGAGGUAUGAAUAUGUUUCAGUGCGAGGAAUAAACUGUACGGAUUGUACAGGGAUGUUGGUUCAAAGAGACAGUCAACACAUGCAUACAGAUUCUUUCUGAAGUGGACAAAAUGGCUGUCAGUGGAAUCCCGGGGCGGGAGCAAUAUCAGGAGAAGAUAAUUUCGGUUUUUAUGCUGUUACCAAUCCAAAACACAGGAGCACGGUAAACGCUUCGUCUACUACACAGUGGUGGCUUGGGUCAGAAUUAUAAAACCCGCCAGUUGACAAUGUGUAUUUAUAUAAAUUGCAAAGUAAGUGAGCAAGUCAUGAUCAGGUCAAUACCGAAGAUUCUAAAAGCUAGGGGCCGGUUAUGUAAACGGGGUUUAACCACUGUUUAACAAAACCGCGCUCUAAGUCAUUUUCAGUUUGUCCAACGCUAACCUUUUAGCUAAACACCAUUUGUCGUGGACAGUUUCAUAAAAGCAUAUAGUGCAGACUAGACGAGCAUUUACCUUCUUAAAUCAAACCACUCAGCAAGAGAUCUGAAGGUCCAAAGAUUUCUUAAACCCCGUUAGACUUAAUUUAAAUAACCAGCCCUAAGACUCUAAAUGCGUUUUACUGAGUACCCUGUAAAUAAGUAAGGGAUGCACUGAUGGAUUCUCAAAAUCAUAUAGGCUUUAAUAACUUUUAACCUUACAUGAAAAUGUAACAGACUACCAAUACUCCAGAAAUGACUCUGUGUUGUUCACCCAUUGUGUCAUCUCGUACACAGAUUUCUUGCGAUAGUGGCCGGAAUGUAAAUAUGGCAAUAAAGUAGUAUUGAGAACCUUUGUUCAGUACCUACCAUUUCUUCCGUGGCUAUCUAGUUACUUCAAGACCGUGAGUAUUGGUCCGCUCCAGAAGAUUGAAGCUCCGAAACCCCUCCCUGCAGAAAAGGGCUGACAAUAGUAGCCUGCAAUGGUCUUAGUUUAACACGCGACGGUUUUUGUGAAUGCUUAGUGUACGAUUACUACCUAGAUGUGGACUUACAAAUAAAACCAGUAUUUUUAAAUUGUAAAAAUGGAGUUCUGUUUCGGCAAAGAACAGGGUCUUUGCAUGGGCUUAACAAUGGAAACAGGUUAAUGGUUAAUAAAGCAUUAAUUUCUAAAUUAUUUAAAACGUCGGAAGCCCAACCCUAUAAGUUUAUUUCGAACAAAAAACUGAAAUAAACGUUUUUUCAUACCUUUCUGCCCAGUAACAGCCAUCCUGGGGCUGGAAAGGGGUGGGUAGUGGGUGGAUAGUACUCCUUAUUAUUCAUUCAAAAUAUUCCUCCGUUUCUGAUUGGCUAAAACUGAUCCCAAGAAUAUUUCAUCAUAACCAUCGACCAAAUUUGGAAGAUUUUCCAAUAAUGAGAACUCAUGACGAUGUCACCAGAUAUAUCAAACGGGUAACCGAGAAGAUCUGGAGACGAGGUUGAGUUGUUUUGGUAGUGAAUACAAAGUGGCGGAGCAUUUCGCUCGUUUUACAUGUAAGAUAGAUAGAAACUUUUAUUUUCUAUAGGGUAACUCCCUCAGUUUCUGCACAGUAUAAAAAAAAAUCCUUUCCAUAUACGCCCUACGUGAUAAACCGAAAUGGAAUAGAAAUAAUAGUAAUAAUUAAGUACAAAUAAAAAUAGAAAAAGCCAUAUAAAAGAGUUGAAAAUCAAAUUACUAGAGAAAUCAUAAAAAUCUCAAUCUGAAUAAAAAUUACACAAUCAGGAUAAAAAGUUCUUUUUUCUUUUCGUACAUUCUAAUUUAAUAGACUGGAGUCUAAGUUAAGCACUUUUCCUUGUUCUCCUGGACAAUAAUUCCCUGUUAUAAUUAAAAUAAUGCAUAAAAACUGUGGACAAUGGUUACGUAAGCAUUUCUCAUCUAGAUUGCGACGUAACAAGAUUGUUAGCUCUUUUUCGCUGCUCCCCAGACACAUAACGUGCUCCGCGCCUACAGUAGCUUUGCAAUUUCUCCAACCUAUCAGCGUUAACGCUCCCGCAGUAGCUACACUCAGCGUCGCAGUAAUCAAGAAUAAGGAGAAAAAAAGACGUAUAAAUGGUAUCUGUCAUGUACAUGUUUAUGUUUUUCAUUAUUGGGCCUAACAAUGCUACUCUCUGCCUAACGUUACCGACUAAAUAAUCAACGUGCGCAUUCCACGUCAGCGACGGAUCGAGAACAACCCCAAGACAUUUAUUCUCAGAAGCGCGAUUAAGUACUUUUCCUUCAAUAGUACUCAGAAAAAAGAAGUAGAAAGUGCUAGCUUGGGACCAGUGCCAAAUAAUAUACACUUCAUUUUGCCCUUAUGCAUAAGCAAGUUAUCUGGCAAAAAGAAAGGACUGCCGACUGACCCCUUGGGAGAAUUUCGAUUCUUUGCACUUUUUUAAAAUUUUUCUGAUCUAAAAAAAUUAUUUUCUAUCCAAAAUAUCCAACAACAAUCUUUACUGUCUUAUUUACCCAAAACACAGAGAUGAAAAAAAGUUCCAUUUUCUGACAAAAACAAUGGACUAAUCUCUUCGAAAAAUUUCGAUUCUUGGACUUUUUUAAAACUUCACUUUCAGUUCUGGUCUAAAAAGCGUUGUUUUUAAUCCAGACUAUCAAAAAACGAUAUUUUUAUGCUUGAUUUGCCCCAAAAAACAGUUGAUAAAAAAAUUCGAUUUUUUGACUAAAAGCAUGGACUAACCCUUUGAGGAAAUUUCAAUUCAUUGGAUUUUUUUAAAACUUUACUUUAAGUCUAAAAAGCGUUCUUUUCUAUCCAAAACAUCCAAAAACGAUCUUUUCUGGUGUGACUUGAUUGCCCAAAAAACACAGGUGAAAAAAGUUCGAAUUUUUUACAAAAACAAUGGACUAGCCCCUUAGGAAAGUUUCAUUUUUUGGGCUUUUUUAAAACUUUACUUUUCUUGUCUUAAAAACGUUGUUAUAUAUCCAGACUAUCCAAAGACGAUCUUUUGUGGCUUGAUUUGGCCAAAACACACAGAUGAUUAAAAGUUCGAAUUUUUGACAAAAAGCGUGGACCUACCCCUUGGAAAAGUUUCGAUUUUUUGGACUUUUUUAAAAAUUCGCUUUUCAGAUCUAAAACGUGUGCUUUCUAUCCAGACUAUCCAGAAACGACCUUUUCUGGCUUGAUUUGCCCCAAAAAAAAUUUAAUAAAAAGUUAAAAUUUUUGACAAAAAGCUUGGACUGAUCCCUUGAGAAAACGUCGAUUAUUUGUACUUUUAUUAAAACUUCACUUUUCUGGUCUAAAAUAGUUCUUUUCUAUCCAAAAAAUCCAAAAACGAUCUUUUCUGGCUUGAUUUGCCCAAAAGACACAGUUGAUAUAUAAACAGUUUGUAUUUUUGACAAAAACCUGCGAUGGCUUUUUUUAAUAGUUUGCCUCAGUUGCCAAGGCAAAUAAUAAUAAGAAAAAAAAAAGGUCUUUUACCGUCAUUGACGCAAAUAAUUCACAAUUUUAAAUGAAGCCAAAAAAGGGGAGAGAAAAAAGAAAGAAAGAAAAAAGUAAAACACCUGAGAAUGAACCAGUGCUACCUAUUUCCACCCGUUUGUUUUCAUUCACAUCCGAAUCCGGAAUCCAUGUGUUUCAGUCUAUUUUGACAAAACAACCCCGCUCAGGAGCACAUCUGCCCCGCUCAAAUUUCAUCCCAUUUAUUUCUGUGUUGUUGUUGUCGUUGUUUUUUUUUUUUGUAGAUCUCAGGGACAAAGUCGUAGAAAAGUAGAAAGUCUAUGUUUUUUUUAAGCAGCAGACACAUGCAUCAACCGGGGCCUUACAUUUCAGCAAAGAGCAAGGUGGCCGUGCAUUGUGGACGAUGUGGGGGUUGUGCCUAAAAGGACAGCCGAGGAGUACUAGGAACGAGUUUCCGAUUCGGGCCGACAUCGGAAAUUCUCGAAAACAUCCAAUAUGGCGGCUCAAGUGUGGUGAAAACUGACAGCCAAAGGAGCCGUUUUAUCGCCAGGGAAGCGUGAUUUAGAAACCUACGGAAAUCAAGUUCUACAACACAGUUUAGCAAUGAAAGCUAGAGGUGAUGUACAUGCCAACAAAUGUUGCUAUAAUUUAGAAAGUCCCGUUGGACGGUACUAUUUUCUUCGGUAAUACCGGCCAGCGGGACAAGAAAAAUUGAUAAGACAUUUAUUAAAGGAUUGCUUACUAUACAGGACCAAGAACUCUGCAACAGUGACAAUAAACGUAAACUUCGUCAACAAUACCGUAAAUCACGCUUCUCUGGCGGAUAAAACAGCUCCUUUGGCAGUCAGUUUUCACCACACUUGAGCCGCCAUAUUCACGAGAUGUUUUAGAGAAUAUUUCCGAUGUCGGCCUACCCUGCGAGCAGAGGCUACAUUUUCGCGGUAUGAGACAUCAGUUCAUACCGCGAAAAUGUAGCCUCUGCUCGAAGGGUAAUGUCGGCCCGAAUCGGAAACUCGUUCCUAGUACUCCUCGGCUGUCCUUUUUGGACGGUAUGAUUGACGCACAACCCCUCCCUUUCAAUUGACUGGGUGGAAAUGUGAAUUAUUGGAUGCAGAUAAAGAUGUCGUGGUUGGGGACCUGGUAACUAGACCAGGCACUGCUUUGUACACUAUGAAUCAGCAUAGUAUACAGGUAAGAUUGUGUCAUUGAUAGGAAAACAAGUUGUAGAGCUACUAGGGAGUAAUGAACUUUAAAUAAAUAUUGAACGCACAAGUAAAAAUACAUACCUAUAUUUACAUGUUCAAUAUCAUAAGCUAAAAAGUGCCCCAAGCCCAUCGCUAGACAUACGAUUUGUAGCUUUGAGUUUGGUGACAUGCAAAGGUAUUCUGUGUUUUGUAGUUAUAAACUAAGUUCAAUUUUAUGACAACAGCACGGCUUUAUUGCGCUCUGUCGCUAAAGGAAGCAAAAUUUGAUGUAACAGACGCAGAUUAAAAGAGGAAUUCUCAAUAAAUUCUUACCGCUGCAAACACAAUAUUGUUAGCAAAAUCAGUCAUUGUUUUGUAGAAUUUAAAUACUCACAACGAAUCAGCCAGGUUAUGUUUCUUGAUGAUUGUGUCCAAGGGAUGGUCGGAAUCGCUCACUAAAUUUGAGUGCAAAACGUUAGGUGUAAGAAGACAAAUUUGCGUCCACAACUAAAACUUAAUUCGUACAUGCGAAAAGGUAUUCUGUAUGACUACGCUUUAUUAUUAUUUUAAUUAUAUUACCAGCUGAACCAAAGCUGUUUUAACGGAUGCUGCAGAUCAAAGCCCUGUCUUAACGGCGGAACCUGUGCAGAAAAAUGCACUGACGUCAGAGAACCUUAUACUUGCACAUGCUCAAAAUAUUACAAGGGAAAACGAUGCGAGCAGUUUUAUCCAGAAGUCAAGUCGUGCCAAGGUGUCAAGAUAUUUAGGCCGGGAUCGCACUCUGGUGUUUACGAACUUGUUAUAAGUGAUAAUAAAACCGUGCAGGGUUAUUGUGACUUUACCUCUGAGGCUGGUAAAGCUUGGACCCUCAUAGAAUCGUUUUCGCUUUCAAACAAAGACAUAUAUAAGAACAAACCAUUUUAUCACGAUUUUCCUCGAAACGAGAACAACUUCACAUGGGACGACUUUAGGCUUUCAUACCAAGCCUUGGUUAAUAUCCGGAAUAACUCGACGCACUGGCGCGUGACCUGUACCUUCCCAUCAGGCCUCAGUUAUGCCGACUACGCACGCUCUUCGCUCAAUGAAACAGAUCUCCUAACGUUUGUCAAUCAGGACAAAUGCAAGAGGUAUGAAUAUGUUUCAGUGCGAGGAAUAAACUGUACGGAUUGUAAAGGGAUGUUGGUUCAAAGAGACAGUCAACACAUGCAUACAGAUUCUUACUGGAGCGGAAGAAAUGGCUGUCAGUGGAACCCCGGGGCGGGAGCAAUAUCAGGAGAAGAUAAUUUCGGUUUUUAUGCUGUUACCAAUCCAAAACACAGGUGCACGGUAAACGCUUCGUCUACUACACAGUGGUGGCUUGGGUCAGAAUUAUAA